AUGGCCUUUUCUUUUGACCUAGCCGUCAUCUUCCACCGGGAGAGAAGAAUGAAGAAGAGAUCAACAAUAAUAAAGAGAAGAAGAAGACCAAGAGACAUGUGCAAGAGCCAUGAACCGAUGCCAGAGAUUCCUUUCGAUCUCGUGAUAGAGAUUCUAACAAGACUUCCUGCUAAGUCCCUUAUGAGAUUCAAAGCCGUCUCAAAGCUCUGGUCAUCCUUGAUUUGUUCCCCAACUUUCACCAACCGUUUGCUAAAGGUUCCUUCAUCCACACUACGUCUAUACGUGACUUCGUGCUUCUUGGAUAACAGCCACCUCAAAAGUAAAUUACUAUCAUCGUCGUCUUGUCCUAGCUCGGACAUUACUACUAUAUCUUCCUUUGUAAUAGACGAAGAUUUGACCAUUCCAGCGAUGAUAGGCUACUACAUGGCUCAUGUUUUUCGCGGCUUGAUGCUCUUUGUGAAAGAGCCAAGUACGAAAAUAUAUAACACCACAACUAGACAACUUAUUGUCUUACCUGACAUAGAAGAAUCUAACGUCAUAGUUGAAGAGCACAAGAAUAAGAAGUUCAUGUACCGUAUUGGACACGAUCCUGCUCAUGAUCAAUAUAAAGUGGUUUGUAUAGUUGCAAGACCUAGUGACGAAUUUGGAGAGCUCAAACCGUUCCUGUCAGAGCAUUGGGUCUUCAUACUAGGAGGAAAUGAAUUAAGUCGAUGGAGAAAAAUUACAUGCCGAACUCCACAUCUUCCUGUAACACAAAUAAUAAAUAUCAAUGAGCGUAUGCAUUAUCUCGCUUGGGUACGGCUGCUUUGUCCUAUGCUUGUGAGUUUCGACUUUAGCUCUGAAAAAAUCAGUUUGCUUCAAGCACCCGAAGAUAUUAGUGUGUUUGAUUAUGAUCCUAUAGAAUACUAUGGAAGAGUAGCUCUUUUUGAAUGUUCCGGUCUUGGAAGGGAAGGUAUGAUGAACCUAUGGGUUAUGGGAGAUGGAGAGAAGAAUAUAUGGUCGAAGAAGACUUUGGUGGUGCAUCCUUCUCAAAUGGAUAUAGUCAAUAGCAUUAGUUUGAGGGUACAAGGUACAACUAGAAACAAUGAGGUUAUAUUAGUACCUCAAAAUUUAAAGUAUACUCGAACCGGCGAGGUUAUCGUGGAACCUCAAAAUACAACUCUUUUAUACAUUUUUCUCUAUGAUCUACAAAAGAGUCUGAUCAGAAAAGUUGAAAUCAAGGAAACACCAUAUCAUACUACGAUUUGGGAUGUUGUUGGACUAGAUGAUGUUGAGAACUUCAUGUCUCUGUAA